GGGGAGGCUUCGGGCACUACCCCCAUUGGCAGGUCGCUGUUUGGCGGGGCGCUGCUGCACCGCACGCCUGGCGCUGGGCUGCGGACGCCGGCGCGGCGGGUGGUUGUGUGCUCGGAUGAGACGGCGGCGCGGGCUGUGGACGAGUGGGUGACGCAGCAGCUGGUGACACCGGCUGGUCGGCAGGUGUCUGAAGGCCAGCGGUGGCGGGACCUGGAGGGUUUUGGAGACGUCAAGGAGCGCCUGCAGGCGUUAUGCAAGAGGCCCAUCGCACACGCUCAUCGUGCAGCCACCCCAUCGGACGCGGCAGCCAGCCCGCAGCAGCGCAGGAAUGCCGCGGCACUGCUGUACGGGCCGCCCGGCAUGGGUAAGAGCCGGCUGGCUUGCGCGCUCGCGGCCGAGCUGGGCGCCGCCUACAUCCGUGUGCCGCCGGACCUGAUCAGCCGCUGCAGCAGCGCCUCGCGCCGGCCUGAGGAGGUGAUGCGGUCCAUAUUUCGGGUCGUGAAGGCGAUGCCAG